CUCAUACCUUUUGCUCAUCUCCGUACGCACUGAAAUAUUUCCAGCUCCAUCGACCUCAGCCCAACAUGAAAUUCGCCUAUCUACUCGCGUUUGCCGCGCCCUUUGCUUACACCGCACCAGCUCCUCCAGCCAUCGUGACACAUUCACACGCCGAGCAUAUGGAGAUCCAAAUCUGGGAAUCGACCUGGAAGUGCCAUUGGAAGAACACGGACUGGUGGGAACUCGUCGACUUCCGCCACGACCAUCAAGGUGGCUUCCUGAUGAACGAACGAAGAAUCCUGCCCGAGAAGUUUAUGAACCCUCACUUCAUAUUUGGCGCGCCAAAUGCCAUGGGACGCUACCCUGAAGCGCCAGCCAGCAGUCUGUCUUUCAACUUUGGCUCCACACUAGAGUAUGGAGAACGUCUUGUGGACGACAAGGGGGAACUCGGUCCUCCAGAGACGAUGAAAUUCAAGGUUGUGGACAAGACGAGACAACCCCCCUUUGACGGCACGCGGACACAGACUUGGAUCCUGGACUUGACCCGCACAACCACUCCCUCGAGUGGCAAGCUGCCCCAGUACGAACUCACGGGCAUGAGGCUGAAAGAGCUCGGUGGCAGACACGAGUGCAAGCCACACAUGACAGAUCCAAACGUGGGAAUGAAAUCUAUGAGCCACCGGCAGAAAGAGCGGAUGAAGGAUAAGGGGAUUGUAUAUGAUCCCCCGCUUGGUGCUGCCUUUACAAGACACGAUCCCCGGGGAGGGAACGUUUCGUCUUCUCGCGAGUCAGCUGUACAAUAGACCACUCCUAUCAGACGGCGAAGUACUGGAAUAUCGAGAAGGUUGAGCACUACAGAGGCAGGGCGGGAUGAUGCAAGUCACUAGGCACUAUUAUAGCAUUACUUUAGGUAACAAUCAUCAUAUUUAGAUUUGCACUUGCCCAAG